AUGUAUCUUAAACCUUCACAAAGAUGCGUGCGAAUCAAACUUGGGAAAGAACAAGUCAGGUUGUUCAUUAGGGGACUUUCUCUUGUUUGGGAAUGUGAGUUAUGUGAUGAUCUUGGAAAGAUUUAUGUGGAUCAUCGUGUGGACAGUCUUGUGGAGUGUUUUGAUCCAUUAAUUGGUUGGAAGAAACAUUUCGAUUCCGUGAUGGAUUUUCUUGAAGAUUGUGCAUCUCAGUUUCGUUUGCUUUUGGAGAAUGAAAUAGUUACAGAGGUUCAUGUAAUGGAGAAAAUUGGAACUACUUCUGAAGUCCACAUGCCAUUUCUCAAGUUUGCAAAAGACCGAUUCAGAGCUUUAGUGGUACCACUCAAAAGAAGCAUCAGAAUAUUAUGCACCCAUCUCCCUAAAAGACUUAUUUUGCCGGACAAUUUCGAAAAGAUGGUUAAUCUCUGUGGUAUGCUUGAAUCUUUCGAAGUUUUGCUCUCUCCAAGUCAGGUGGCUGACAAGGAAUUAGAGGAACUCUUUGCACGACAAGAAAAUUGUUUCAUGGAGGCACAAGGAAGUCGAGCUUUUAAUUAUGUUUCAGCCACAUUACACAAGAUGAGGAUUGAAAUUGUGCAGGCUCUAAGAUCUGUCAGUCAUUCGAUUGGUGGUCGCCUUCCAACUUCCACCAACAGAAGUUUCUUAGCAGAGUUCUGUUUGAAAAAUUCAUCCCUCAUUUUUUCCACGGUGUCAAGUUCAUACAAUCUGCACGAGGUGGACCUGGAACCACUGGAUUUGUUGGUAAUUGAUGAAGCUGCUCAGAUGAAAGAGUGUGAAUCAUUGGCUCCCAUGCAGCUUAAAGCUAUACAACACGCUGUCCUAAUUGGCGACGAGUGCCAUCCACAAGCUAGGGUCAAAAGCAGGGUGUCUGAUGAAGCUGGCUUUGGAAGAAGUCUAUUUGAAAGGUUGGGUUUGUUUGGGCAUUUGGAGGACCUACUGAACAUGCAGUACAGAAUGCAUCCUGAAAUAAGCUCUUUCCCAAAUCGCAAAUUUUAUAAAGACCAGAUCAUAGAUGCUCCAAGCAUUCUUCUUGAAAAUUCUUGGCUUAAUUAUCUACCAGGACCUAUGUUUGGCCCGUAUUCAUUCAUAAAUAUUUCUAAUGGAAGGGAGGAGGCGGAUGAAGCUGGGCCAAGUAUGAAAAAUAUGGCUGAAGUGGCAGUUGUAGUGGCAAUAUUGCGAAACCUUUAUAAAGCAUGGGAAGGCUCAGUGCGUAGCUUAACCAUUGGUAUUAUAUCUCCAUACGCUGCCCAAAUUGCUGAAAUAGAGAAUAAGGUUGGUCAGAAAUAUGGGAAGCUAAAGGACUUUAAAGUGAAGUUGAUGUCUGCUGAUGGAUUCUUUGGUGUCGAGGAAGAUGUCAUUAUAAUAUCUACUGUCGGGUCUAAUCAUAGCGGGGUGUCAGAUGGGUUCCUUUCUGAUCCACAACGUACUAAUGUUGCUCUGACACGGGCUAGGCACUGCCUUUGGAUUUUGGGGAAUCACAAAAAGUUGUGUAAAAUUGGAUCUUUCUGGGAAGAUUUAAUUCGUGAAUGCUGA